AUGGAAGACGAGGCAGUCCGUAUGAGCUGGCUUAGCGGCCGGCCCCAGCGCGUCUUCAACUUGCGCCCGCCUCCCGAGUUUUCAAGAAACUAUUGCUCGUAUGGGGCGCAAUGGAGCGUCAUGGACGAUCAAAUCUUGUUGACAUUCGAAGAAGAAGCAGACGGUACGAUCAUUAAACACCCGUCUUCUAUUUUCUUGGCCGACGUUCACGACAUCUUGGGCAAAGCCGACGACGUCGUCGAGUUUAGAAAGAUUGUCAAGCUGCCGUUCAACGCCACAAGGUCAAGGCUAUUGAGCCACCGAGCGGGGUUUGUCACCGCAGAGUUUAGAAAAGACGAAAAGAAGCUGCUAUUGCGCACGCACGACUGGGAUGGAAACACUACGAGAGAAACAACAGUAGACGUGGCCUCUAUUGACGGGCAACUCGUCGUGAAUGACUCAUCUGUUGCCCUUUGCGUGGAUGAUGAACCAAAGAAAGAAUGGUGCAUCAGUGGUUGCCGCACAUUGAGCCAGAUAGCUAUCUGGAAUCUCGAAUCAGGAGACAUUACAAGGAUGGUUAUACCUCAAGACGAGCGCGCACCUCAGUGUCACAGUGGCAAUUUUACGUUUGUCACGCCUUCGUGCAUCGCUCUGGGUGGCCAUCUUGAUCCUGAUCAUGAUAGGCCAUACGCUCUAUUAAGAUCAUUCUCAACCAAUCCUUCGGAGAAGCAGGUUGGGCGGUUAUUCCGACAUGGCCAGAAUUUUGAGUUUUCAAAUGAUAAUGACGCCCUAGCAAUAUCUGGAAGUUCUGCUAGCAGUGAUAUCGUUGUUCAUUUUCAUCAUAGUGGUGGUCGCUUCACAGUUGCAGACAAGGGUUUGCUCACAGGUGAAAUUCCAUCCGAGUCGCUCCCAACGCCCGGGUAUUUCAUUGAUCCAGAUUUAUUCAAGGACCUCUGGCAUGUCUUCAUGGACAAGUUUAGCGCACGAACACUCCCAGGUGUGCUGUAUGAAAGUCUCGCCAGUCUAGCUGGGAACAAGCUUCUAGCGCGAGAAGACCUCGAACACGAACAUGACGAAGAACAAUAUUCCGGAUUUCAUAACGCUCGCUCAUUUGGAGAGUUCCAAAUCCUCUAUCUCUAUGAUUUCGACCAGAAUCGGUGCAACAAGUUGCGACAGCUUUCACCCGACUCUGAGCGCGCAGAUCUUGCGGCGCGUCUAAAAGGGCGAAAUCCAGACGCCAGAGUGACUGUAGUAUCUCGCAUGUCCUACAUGGGUAUUGAAGAAGCCAUGGAUAUGGAAGAAGACACCUCGCCAGAGUGGGCAGAACACGUUCACCAGUUAUGGGUGACUAAUGAGGCGCGUGGAAAAGGAGAGGCCGAGUUCCCCGUCCUUGAAUUCGACGACCCUCCGAAAGACCACAAAAGCCCUCGGAUGUUGUACACCCGAACCAUGCUUUGUCUUCCUGAAAUAAGAGAAGGCCAAGAGUUUGCUUUGACAACUUCGGCGAUAAUAGAGCUCCCUACACAUGAAGCGGACGGAUAUGUGCACUAUUUUGGCGAAGAGUAG